AUGCGCAAGGAGUCACUGCGAGUUGGUUUCCUCGGCGCGUCCACCGUCGCGCGCAAGGCAUGGUUGGCCAUCCACCGCUCGGGCCACCGGGUAACCUUUAUCGGAUGCCGAGAUGCUGGCAAAGGGAGGGAGCUCACAGAGCGGCUGCAAAGGGAUGUCGAGGCCGACAAGAACGCGAAGGCGGCGGGUGCCGGCGCGCAGCAGCUGUUUGUGGCGCCAAAGAUCGGCUCGUAUAUGGAUGUUGUGCGCGCAGAUAACGUGGAUGUCGUGUACAUUUCACUGCCUACCUCGAAGCGACCGGCGUGGAUUCGAGUGUGUGCCGAGUUUGGUAAGCACGUCGUCAGCGAGAAGCCAGCCGCCCGCUCCGCCGCUGAGCUACUCGAGUGUCUACAUGACAUGGCCUCAAAACGCCUUCUCUUUAUGGACGGGACCGCUCUCUCCCACAGUCAGCGACUGCAGGACGUGUGCUGCGCCGUAGCCCAACUCGGCGGACCGGUGCACAUCAAUGCACAUAUGUCCUUCACGGCGUCGCCGACCUUCAUGGCAAACGACAUCCGCCUUCAGCCACUGCUGGAGCCGCAUGGCGCGCUUGGUGACUUGGGGUGGUACUGCAUCCGCUGGAUUUUGCAUAUCGUCGACUUUGCACUCCCAACGGGGGUAGCGGGCCGUGUGACGGAGUGCGAUGCGCUACGGGACGAGGAGGAGCCCGGCAACGACGCUACAAGUUAUGUGACAACUAGUGUGAGCCCAGCAGGCACACCAGCGGCGGCAGCAGCAACAGUGGCGUCACAGCGAAGACCGAAAGGGAAAUCGGCGCCUGCCGCCAUCACAGGGUUCGAAGGGAAUCUAGAGUUCACCAUACCGACACGUAAAUCGCGCGACAUUGCGGCGGCCGCAGCGGCGGAAGCGCUGGCAACAGUGACAGCCUCUUUUCAGUGCACUUUUCACGACUGCCACGACCAAACAGUGGAGAUUUUCUGCUGCGACGGCACCGUGAUCGUGCAUGGUGCUAUCAACCCCACGGCAGAGGAUCGGCCACGCUUUGUGGUACAGCGUCAUACACUGGCAGCAGCGCCGGCAACUGCAGAACGAGAGCAAAAUGGCGCAGCAGAGAUCACCAAGGUGUUUGAGGUUUAUGAGCGGUUAGAAGAGGAAAGGAACGAAAUUGUGUACUCUGUCGCGCCGGAGACGAACGACGUGCAGCAGAUGGAGCAACUGUGGCGCGACGUUGGAGAUAGCGUGACGCGACUUGGCAAAGGUGAGCCUCUCAUCGCCGACCCCGACCUUGCAAAAAAGUGGUCAACGUUUGCGUACGUGACACAGGUGGUGAUGGACCGCACGCUAGAGUCAGCAGGGCAGCACGCACUCGCUGCCAUCACCUCAUCUGCAGAUUCAUAA